AGUAUGCGUUUUGUUUUUUGGAAGUGGCAAGUGAUCAGUGUGGAGGGUUUUUUCUUUUUAAAGUGCAAGUGAUCAGUGUAUAUAUCUUCACACUCCUAUAGCCUUCUACGUGCACCGAGUGACCAGCUUCCUCACUUGUCUUAGGGAGCUAAGCCCAGCAGCUAAUUGAGUAGCUAGCCAGCUGCCAGCUGCUAACCAAGGAGGCAUGGCUCCUCAGGCGGCGGCGAACGGUGCCGGCCAUGGAGGCAGCAACAAUGGCGUCGUCGUCGCCGGCCGGCCGGCGCCGGUGGCGAACGGCAACGGCAAGCGACACGGAGGGAGGAAGCCCAUCAGUCCGAUGGACAAGUACUGGACGCCCAUCGACGAGAAGGAUGCGGCGGCGGCCGUGGAGGACGGUGGCGAGGACGGGCGGCGGCCGCUGCUAUUCCGGACGUACAGGGUCAAGGGCGUCCUCCUGCACCCCUAUAGGCUGUUGACCUUGCUCAGAUUGAUCGCUAUCAUCCUAUUUUUCAUAUGGCGCGUCAGGCACCCAUACGCCGAUGGCAUGUGGCUGUGGUGGAUAUCGAUUAUUGGGGAUUUCUGGUUUGGCGUCACUUGGUUGCUAAACCAAGUCGCAAAGCUCAACCCUAUCAAGCAUGUCCCAGACCUUGCCCUCUUGAAGCAACAGUUCGAUCUGCCUGAUGGAAACUCCAAUCUCCCUCGCCUUGAUGUUUUUAUCAACACCGUUGAUCCUAUAAACGAGCCUAUGAUCUACACUAUGAACUCUAUCCUAUCCAUUCUUGCCGUAGACUACCCAGUUGAUAGGAGUGCUACCUACCUCUCUGAUGAUGGCGGAUCAAUAAUCCAUUAUGAGGGCUUGCUUGAGACUGCAAAGUUUGCUGUGCUGUGGGUACCCUUUUGCCGAAAGCAUUGCAUCGAACCAAGAGCUCCUGAGAGCUAUUUUGCAGUGAAGGCACGCCCAUACACAGGAAAUGCACCAGAUGAGUUUGUUGAUGACCAUAGGCGCAUGUCUAGGGAGUACGAUGAGUUCAAGGUGCGUUUGGACGCGCUUUUUACCAAAAUCCCCCAACGCUCCGAUGCAUACAAUGCAGAGGCCAAAGAAGGUGCAAAGGCAACCUGGAUGGCAGAUGGAACACAGUGGCCAGGCACAUGGAUUGACCCAGCUGAGCACCAUAAGAAAGGACAACAUGCUGGAAUUGUUGAGGUUAUGUUGAAUCACCCAGGCAAUGAGCCUCAAUUUGGUGUACCAGCAAGUGCUGACAAUCCUCUAGACUUCAGUGCUGUUGAUGUGCGCCUCCCGAUGCUUGUCUACAUCUCCCGUGAGAAGAGCCCGGACUAUGACCAUCAAAAGAAAGCAGGCGCCAUGAACGUGCAGCUGCGCGUCUCUGCAGUUCUGACAAACGCGCCCUUCAUCAUCAACUUUGAUUGUGACCACUACGUCAACAACUCACAGGCCUUCCGUGCUGCAGUGUGCUUCAUGCUUGAUCGGCGUGACGGCGACAACACCGCUUUCGUUCAGUUCCCACAACGCUUUGAUGAUGUCGACCCAACAGACAGGUACUGCAAUCACAACCGUGUCUUCUUCGAUGCCACCUUGCUCGGUCUAAAUGGCAUCCAGGGACCCUCCUAUGUUGGCACCGGCUGCAUGUUCCGCCGGAUUGCUCUCUACGGUGCCGAUCCACCCCGUUGGAGACCUGACGAUGUCAAGAUCGUGGACAACCCCAACAAGUUUGGCAAUUCAAUGUCCUUCAUCAACUCCAUACCGGCAGCAGCAAACCAAGCAUGGUCCAUGACGUCACAACCGGCACUUGAUGAGUCAGUCAUGGCAGAGCUGACCAAUGUGAUGAAGUGUGCAUAUGAGGGCGGGACUCAGUUUGGCAAGGAAGUCGGCUGGGUGUACAACAUCGCUACGGAGGAUGUGGUGACCGGCUUCCGACUGCACCGAACAGGGUGGCGCUCAAUGUACUGCCGCAUCGAACCAGAUGCUUUCCGCGGCACUGCACCGAUCAACCUCACUGAGCGCCUCUGCCAGAUCCUGCGCUGGUCGGGCGGCUCCCUUGAGAUGUUCUUCUCACACUGCCCACUCCUUGCUGGCCGUCGACUCCACCCUAUGCAACGGAUUGCUUACACCAAUAUGACAGCCUACCCAAUCUCAUCCAUAUUCCUUGUUUUCUAUCUCCUCUUCCCAGUCAUAUGGAUCUUCCGAGGCGAGUUCUACAUACAGAAGCCAUUUCCCACGUACGUGCUGUACCUCGUCAUCGUCAUAGCAAUGACAGAAUUGAUCGGUGUGGUCGAAAUUAAGUGGGCAGGCCUCACGUUGCUGGACUGGAUCCGCAACGAGCAGUUCUACAUCAUCGGGGCAACAGCCGUGUACCCACUGGCAACGCUGCACAUAGUGCUGAAGCUAGUCUUUCGUGGGAAGGGUGUUUCAUUCAAGCUGACGGCGAAGCAGGCUACGAGCGGCGUGAGCGAGAAGUUCGCUGAACUGUACACUGUGCAGUGGGCUCCGUUGCUGAUCCCAACAAUAGUGGUGAUAGCCGUGAAUGUUUGUGCGAUUGGCACGGCGAUCGGCAAGGCCGUCGUGGGAGGAUGGUCACUCUUGCAGAUGGCGGACGCGGCCCUCGGGCUGGUGUUCAAUGCAUGGAUUCUGGUGCUGAUCUACCCGUUUGCUCUAGGGAUCAUGGGAAGGUGGAGCAAGAGACCUUAUGUUCUGUUCAUUCUCUUGGUGAUUGCCUUCAUUGUAAUCGCAUUGGUGGAUGUCGCCAUCCAGGCCAUGCGUACUGGUUUUGUUCGGCUCCACUUUAGACAUUCAGGUGGUGCCAGUUUCCCAACAAGCUGGGGUUUUUAGGCUUGUGGUCUUCAUUGCUGUAGUGGUACCAGUUCCCCGUUGUUGAUAGUUUCGUCUCUGUUAUUGUGGGUGAGAAAAAGAGAGAUUUGUGUUGUUGAUGGUGAGUGAUUGAUGUAAUUGUUGAUUUGGAGCCUUCGAUUUGCAUAGCAUGUUUCAAUUGUGUUUGAUUAUAUUCAUGGCUAUCCGGGGGUGAAAACAGAGGGUGAUGGA